AUGUCUUCUUCCACGUCUGUCACUUCCACACCCACAGAUAUCCGCUCCAGCUCCAGCUCAUCGCCCGGCGUUGCGAUUUUAGCCUAUUCCAUUGGCUAUCUCGUCAUAUUCAUAUUAGUUAUUUCCCUGUUCAUCAUCAUCAUUGCGUGCUGUUUUUUUCGUUGCCGGUCUGGCGCGUUUCUCGGUACAUCCUGGGAUACGACAGAGCAACUGGACGGAAGACGAAGGAAGUUGGUACCUCCUGUUUUGUGGGAUGCUUGGCUGAGCUGCCCUCUUGCGUCGACCAAGGAAGUCUUGGGUGCGGGUCAGUUUGAAUGGUCGAAUAUUCAGCCUGUAUACGUAUCUCUCAUCCACACAUGCCGCUCUCGGUCUGCACGUCAGUUUGCGGUAGCUGAGUCAGAAGUACCUGCAGAUCAUUCUACUGUGGCACAGCUUCUUCCCGAUGAUUCCCAGCCUUCUUCGCCCUUACCUUUACCUCCGCGAAGACGAUUUGCAUUCCUUCUCGCACAUCCUUAA